CAUUAGAUAAUCUACUAGCAUGUGUCUAGUUUUAAAAGUAUGUUAGGCUUUAGAUGGCUUACGUCACGACAUUCUCAAAGUGAAAAUACGAUAAAUAUAAGCACAUACUUCUUACUUGUCAAAUCGGUCUAUAAUGGCUGGAAUUAAAGAUUAGUACUUUUGGCAUUUGGUGGCUCUAUUGGUAUGACAUUUGUUAUACUAGGUUGUGCUUUACCUGCAUAUAAAGUAUGGUGGCCACUUUUUGUCAUAUUAUUUUAUAUAUUAGCACCAAUUCCAACUAUAAUUGCACGUCGUUAUACAAAUGAUUUUGACAAUAAUCCUAAUCCAUGUUUGGAGUUCGCAAUAUUCAUUACUACAGGUUUUGUUGUAUCAUCAUUUGCUCUUCCUAUUGUCUUAGCUCGGUCUCCAGUCAAUGAUCCAGUGAUACAAUGGGGCGCUUGUUACUUGACUUUAUCGGGUAAUAUUAUUAUGUAUCUAACUCUAGUCGGACUUUUUGCAACCUUUGAUCAGGAUGGGGUUGGAUAUAACACAUGUUGAAAUGGCGUACUUCAUCGUACUUAUUUAUUAAUUUUACAUGGUUUUUGCAAGAUAAAAAGAAGAAUGCAAAUCAUAUAUUGCACUGACUGACAGUCAUGUGUUGAUUCUAAGUCAUUGCAACAUUUAUAGUACAUUACUUACAUGAUACACACACACAUAUAUAUAUAUAUAUACUAUAUACUAUAUAUAUAUCAUAUAUAGAUAUUAAUACUAUAACAAAGAGUAUUACAAUAACCAAUACUAAAGUUAAUGAUUUAUUUUGAUAUUUUUAUGCAGUAACCAAAAUUUUAGAUUUUAAAAAAUAAAAAUUUUUAUAAAUCUCUUUGAAUAAAAUUAAAAAACAUAACUAUGCUAAAACAU